AUGGCUCUUACUAAAAAACGCUGUUACCCAUCAGGUUUAGAAUCCUCUCUGAAUGAUGAGCAGAUUUCUUCAGUUUUGGAACAUUGGCCCCGCUUCAUCACACUUGAAGCACAGUUAUCUGAAAAUUAUACAAAGCCUUUGACAAAAGUGUCACCUUUUGUAAUACAAAAAGGUAUACAGGGAAUCAUAGGAACACCUAAAUCAGUUAAAAAGUUAAAAUCUGGUGCUCUACUCCUUGAAGUGUCCAAGAAGCAGCAAUCUACAUCCUUGUUGGCAUUGAAAACUCUUGCAGAUAUCCCUGUUAUUGGUAAGGUCCACAGUGGACUUAACCAAAGUAAAGGUAUACUGUAUGAUAGAGACCUGGAUGACAUUCCUGAACAGGAAAUCCAAUCUGAGUUGGAGUCCCAGGGAGUGAUCUCUGUGAAACGGUUCACGAAAAAACGAAAUGAUAAUAUUGAACCGACCAAUACAUACCUUUUAACCUUUUGUAUGCCAGUACUUCCAACUAACAUCAAAGUUGGCCUAUAUCAAAUGAAAGUUGAAAUGUUUGUGCCGAACCCGCUGCGUUGUUUUAAAUGUCAGCGAUUUGGGCACGGACAGAAUAACUGUAAAGGCGCUGAAACCUGUUUCAAGUGUGGUGAAGAGGGGCAUGAUGGCAAAGGCUGUCAGAAAACCCCAAAUUGCAAAAAUUGUAAAGGAGAGCAUAUGGCUUCCUCCAAGCAAUGUCCUUUAUGGAUAAAAGAAAAGGAAAUUCAGAAAGUGAAAGCAGAAAAACGAAUUCCUUACCCGGAGGCUAAAAAGCUUGUUAAUAUAUACAACAAUGUUCCAAAACCAAAUGUACAAUCUUAUGCAACAGUUUUAAAAUCUACUUCAAAGAAGGAUAUGUCAACGCAAGUCGAUGAGAAAGAUAUUUCUCAACAACAAACAUUAGUUGCUUUGUCAUCGAAUGACAAAGCAAAAACAUCAACACCUGCAUCUGCAGGUCCUGCAGCUGCAGCUGCACCAAAACCUGCAAGUACUGCACCAUUACAGCAAGCAGCUGCAG